CGCUUAAAAAUACAUAUUAGAAUAAGUAAUUGUAUACAAGAAGAAAGAGCAUGCGUUAUGUGGCAGCCUAUAUUCUGUCAGUUCUUGGCGGGAAAGCCAACCCGACUGCUGACGAUAUAAAGACCAUUCUUGGUAGCGUUGCAGUUGACGUUGACGAAGACCGCCUGAUGUUCGUCAUCAGACAACUGAAAGGCAAGAACAUCGCCGAGCUAAUAGAAGAAGGUGCCGAGCGACUUGUCACGGCGACACUACAGGGACACACCACGCCGAUUCAGCAUGUCGUUGUCGAUGGAAACAAGAAAGAAAACAAUGGUGAGGUAACGCCAGAAGACGACGACGACAUCAACGAAGCUUUCUUUGCGGAUAUAUUCGGGUAGCACGUGCUAGUGGAGAAUAUGUCAGUGGUAUGGUAUCUGUGCCCUCGUGUUGUUCAAGAAUAGGGGGGAAGAUGGGGAUGCUUUACUUUGUAGGGUUGGUCUCAUUCCAGGAUGGCGUACAAGUCAAAAUUACAGUACAUAAAAGUUCAACAUUUAAAAAGAAAGAAAAGAAAAGAAAAAAGAAAGAAAGAAAAAUUAAAGAUAUCUAAAUCCUAUUGUUUUAUUGUUACUGUUAUCCACAGUUUACGCAUGGUGAACGAUACAUUUGGCCAGGACCCACAGAAGUUAAGAUAUGACGCAAAUUCCAUUUGUCCGUAAUCCGUCUGUGUGUGUAUACUUAGCUAAGAAAAGUUUAGCAGUUAGGUAAAUGUGCUUAAAUCAAAGAAAACUCACGACUUACAAAAUAAAACCAGUCACUGGAUUUAAUUGAGGCAUCAUUUGUCAGUAUAAAUAACGAGAGAUUUUCAAUACAAAAUGAAAUGUGUGACGGUCACGUCGUCGAAUGGUGCUUGGGGGUCCACACACGAACAUCUGAAAAUUGUCAGUAACCCGUAUCGGCACCUUGAGUAUUGCAUGUUAACAACGAUACGUCGCCCAUGCUUGUAAUGAGAAGGUAGAUAUAUGGAAUAGUGAUCGAGAUCCUUUCAAGAGUUAAAACAUGUUUAGGCUGUGGACAUUGCGAAUAUGCGCAUGGGUCUCUCGCACCCUACGACCCAACAAGUCCCAUACCUGUACAAUAGGAAACAAGUCAGGCGAUCAGUUUAGUGUCUCAAUAUUAGGCCUAUACCUCCGAGUAAGUCCAGUCGUUAGUCUGGCUGAAUGCUGGCGUGCAUCGUCCUGUUGAAACGAAACGCCUGGAUGCUGCUGUAUGAACGGAAUGACAACUUGUGUGGGCUUCGUCACUGUAAUGCUGAUCAUUCAGGUUCCCAUGAAUGAUAAAAAUGACGUUUUGUCCGACGUCAUGGAUUUCCGCCCACCAUGACGUUGUACCAGUGUCUGAUUUUAUUUUGUAAGUCAGUUUUAUUUUAUUUAAGAACAUUUACCAAAUUGCUAAAAAAAACAUUGGCCACGUGUAUAUAUAUAUAUAUAUAAACAAAAAAAAAGAAGAAAAAAAAAAAAACUCGAUCUUGAAGGGACGAGGAAAUAGUUCCGAGUUUUCGAAAUUAAUAUACAAGAGUUCUGUACUGAAACUGCAUUGAAUAUAUAUAUUCCAUAAAUAGGCUUAAUAACACUUCAUUCAAUCUUUUUGAGCGUAGGGCCAAUUUACAAUGAAGGAAUGAAUAGAAUCCACUCAACAGGGUUGGGAAUUGGUGAACUGUAUAAUAAAAAAAAAAAAAAAAAAAAAAAAGAAGAAAAAAAAAAGACUUAAUCUAGAUGGGUCCCGCAAAUUCUUGAAAUCCUAGGUUAAAAUCCUUUGGAGGAAAGGACCAUUAAAAUGCGAGGAAAACAAGUGAUCCGAGAAUUUCCAUUCCUGACUCAACCCAUUUACUGGAAUUUUACGAAUUACGGUGUGCGCAUGUGUAUAAUGCAUGCGUGCACGUUUAGAAUUAUGAAAAAUGUAUUUGUAUGUAUGUACGUUUAUGUAUUUAUGCAUGCGUAUACAGAUUGACAAAUGAAAUGCGCCAAUGUCGCUUGAAUAUAGUAUAACAUAGGCCCAACCACUUAAGGAUCGGACAUGCUGGUGUUACAGGGAGGACUAAAAGUGCCUACACAAAUUUAAUAUCAAAUUUCCGUAGGGGAAAAAAAAAGAAAAAGUGGGUAAACAAGAAUCAAGCAAAGCAAGUUACUCAUUAAACAUCACUCAUAAAACGAGUUGAAGACGGGUGAUCUGAGCAAACACCAAACUCAGGGGCGACAACCCACUAAUCUGAAACAUCUAUGCAAAUCAACAUGAUGCACCAAAUUCAACUCUUAAAACACUCGUAGACACUGGCCAUGUGCAUCUGGCACGAAUUUGAUACAAAUGUAACAGAAAAAUCAAUCUCCACUGUAGGGGUUUGAACCACAGGCUCUCAGUACGAGCUCUACAGAGCUAAUAGAUUAAAUCCCAGUAGCUACCGCCAGUAGGAACACUUUAUAGCAACUCU